AAAACCCUCGACAGCCUCGCCAACUCCGCACUCUCUCGUCCUCCUUCCCUUCCCCAAAAUCAUUCGGCGAUCCCGUCGCCGCCCGGGGAGCUCACCGCGAUGGAGCGCGCCGAUUACCUCCACAAUUUCGUCGAGGAGACCGACUGGUACAACGACAUUGUGCUCACCGCCCUGCUACCGGACUGGGCCUGGCAGCCUCUCCCCCGGCCCAUUAGGGCCUGGCUCAGGAACUACAUCGGUGGGACCCUCCUCUACUUCGUCUCAGGAUUUCUAUGGUGCUUCUACAUCUACUACCUAAAGCGCAAUGUCUACGUCCCCAAAGAUGCAAUUCCUUCAAACCAUGCCAUGCUUUUACAAAUAAAAGUUGCAAUGAAAGCUAUGCCAUGGUACUGUGCUCUUCCAACACUGUCAGAGUUCAUGGUUGAAAGUGGCUGGACAAGAUGCUAUUCAAGUGUUAGUGAAGUUGGUUGGCCCUUGUACAUCAUCUAUUUGGUUAUAUAUCUAGUCACUUGCGAGUUUGGGAUAUAUUGGAUGCACAGAGAGUUGCAUGAUAUAAAGCCAUUAUACAAGCAUCUUCAUGCCACACAUCAUAUUUAUAAUAAGCAGAACACACUUUCACCAUUUGCAGGUUUAGCCUUCCAUCCCUUGGACGGGAUCCUGCAAGCCGUUCCUCAUGUCAUAUGCCUGUUUCUUGUACCCACUCAUUUCAUGACCCACAUCGCACUAUUGUUCAUCGAGGCAGUUUGGACAGCCAACAUUCAUGACUGCAUUCAUGGCAAGAUAUGGCCUGUUAUGGGUGCCGGUUACCAUACUAUUCACCAUACAACCUAUCGCCACAACUACGGGCAUUAUACUAUAUGGAUGGACUGGAUGUUUGGAACUCUUCGCGAUCCUGAGGAGGAUGUCAAUAAGGUGAAGUGAUAGUGGUUUUUGGCUAUGUGAUUGAUAAGUUGAACUACUGUCUUUGUAUUGUCUUAAGCCUACCUUAUGAUAUCUCAGAGAUCCUUGAGGAUUAUGUAGGAAGAUGGAACUCUAUUGAACAUCAGGUAUUUAAGGUUACUACAAAUGGACAGUAAACUGAAUGGUUUAUUAGAUGAAUUGGUAUAAACUUCUAAUAAUGAUAUUGUCGUUGUAUAUCAGCUUGUUGUUCUGUUUGCUUGAUGUGACAAUAAUUGCACAAACAGGAGUACAUGACA